ACCCAGUGAAAAUGGCUGCUUCCAUGCAGUAUAACAUGUUUGUGAGGGGAUUAGUUUGUGCCCUUUCAAGAACUGCUGAUGUCUUACACAGACUAAAUUUUUCCAAUAAAGUAAUACUUAGUAGACAUUCAUUGGGAUUGUUUUCUUCGUCCGCGGUAAAAGAAGAAGUUGACAAAAAACCGCAUUGCAACGUUGGAACUAUUGGACAUGUCGAUCAUGGCAAGACAACUUUGACAGCAGCGAUUACGAAAGUUUUGUCCGAGAAGGGUUUAACAAACUUUGUAAACUAUGAUCAAAUAGAUAAAGCACCAGAAGAAAAACGUCGAGGAAUAACCAUUAAUGCUGCACACGUGCAAUAUGAAUCCCGGUUAAGACAUUAUGCACACACUGAUUGCCCUGGCCACAUUGAUUUUGUGAAAAAUAUGAUUACUGGCACUUCUCAGAUGGAUGGUGCCAUUCUUGUUGUUGCUGCUACAGAUGGGUGUAUGCCACAAACCAGAGAACAUUUACUCUUAGCUAGGCAAAUAGGAAUAAAACGUGUGGUUGUAUUUGUAAACAAAGCUGAUAUUGUUGAUGACGAAUUGGUAGAAUUGGUUGAGUUAGAGGUUAGAGACUUGCUUACAGAAUAUGGUUUUGAUGGCAAUGAAGCCCCCAUAAUAUCUGGAUCCGCAUUGGAAGCCUUGAAUGGUAGUCAUGAUAAAAAUGGAUCAAUAUCUAUUAUGAAGUUGAUAGAAACUAUUGAUGAUUAUAUUCCUACUCCUACAAGAGACAUAACUGCACCAUUUUUGAUGCCUAUUGAAGGUUCCGUAAAUAUUACUGGUCGAGGCUCUGUUUGUAUAGGUACCUUAUUACAAGGUACUAUAAACAAGGGACAGGAAGCAAUGAUAAUGGGGUUUGGAACAGAAAUCAAAACUGCAGUUUCAGACAUGCAAAUUUUCAAGAAAUCUGUGCCCCAGUGUUUUGCAGGGGAUCAUUUGGGUGCUUUGUGUAGGGGGAUUAAGAGUGACUUUAUUGAAAGAGGUAUGUUUUUAUGUCAGACAGAAAGUUUCAAACAAUGGGAUACUUUUGAAGCUCAUAUCUAUGUUUUAACAAAAGCGGAAGGAGGAAGAACUAAACCUUUACUACACAAGUAUAUCCAACAGAUGUUUAAUAAAACAUGGAAUAUUUCAUGUUGUAUAUUACUGCCUGAAGAUAAACCAAUGAUUAUGCCAGGUGAUACAGCUACAGUGACCAUAUUACUCCGUAAACCUAUGAUAUUAGUAGAAGGACAACGUUUUACUGUUCGUGAAAAUGAUAUAACAGCUUUAACAGGUGUAAUCAUAAAAACUCUACCAUCUUUGGACCUAAAACUGAAAGGCUUUAACAUGGAGAUUCAGAAAACUUAUAGAAUUGAGAGUAAUGCAAGGCUUGUUUUAAACAAACGAGCCAGAAAUAAAAAGUAGACAGGCAGAAAGUUGAUGUACCCAUAGAAGAAUUAUGAUUUUGUUAGUGUAAUUUUUAUAUCCAAGGUGUUUCAGUAGACUUUGAGCAGCCUGAUGUCCUUUUGUCAAUAUGAUUUUUUCAGCCAUUGAGGCCAUAUUGAUUGUACUUCAUUUAGUUAAAGCUGAUAUGUGUUUACCUAUACAUUAAAACUUUGUUAACACUUCAGAGUAGCAAAUGUCCGUUUGUCUGACAUUCACAUUUUUAAAUAGAAUGAUAGAGUCUUCUGUACCUUGUCAACAAGAUUCUCUGUGUUAGUCCUGUAGUGGCUGCAAUUAUGAGUCUUGUUGACCUUGCAUUCAAAGGAGCUAAAUCACUAUUCUUUGGCACCUAGAAAUGGAAACAAAUGGGUCGCAACGCAUGUAAUGUAAUAAUGUAAUAUGAAAACUGAUUUACAUUGUAUCGUUUCUUUUUUUACUGUAAUUUCAGUCUACUCCGAUAGCCUUUCCCUUGUGGGAUAUGUUUAGCCUCGUUCAUCCAGUCACUUCAUUACAAAUGGUGCUUCAAAGCAUUCUGGCACACUGUGUCUUAAAGAUUGGUUAGAUAAUAACAUUAUUGUUGAUUUAAACUGACAAAUAAGUCGUGUUUGCAAUGCUACUGAAUUAAAUAUUUGGCUACAGGACUUUCUAAGCAUUGUGGAUAGAAUUUGAUUUCAAGCAUUAAAGUGCAAUGAAAAGUU